AUGUCCGGUGUAUCGCCAGCACUCACGCGGGCUUUGAGGCGUACAGCUCUCAGGGCCCCGCUACCCACCGCGGGGAGGGCCCCCGGCAUCCCUGCUGCUGGGCUGCUGCUGCAUCUUUUCCAGCAAAGGCAACUAGCACGAGCAACAGCAGCAGCAGAAAAUGCAGCAGCAACUGCAGCAUCACAGGAUGCCCGAGCAGCAGCAGCAGCAGCAAAUGCAGCAGCACGGGAUGCCCCAGCAGCAGCUGCAGCAGCAGCGGCCCUUCAACGAAUUCAAAAAGGAUGGGUUUCCUCUCAUCGCUGCAGUGCGGUGGGGGGCUCGAAGGCAUGCAGAGGGUUAAGGAUCAGGGAGCUGCACACAGUGUGUCAGCAACAGCGGCCUGAAGACAGCCCGCAGCAGCAGCAGCAGCAUACUCCGCGGGUAGAACAGCAUCAGCAGCAGGAGCAGCAGCAGCAAGAGCAGCAGCAGCAACAGCUGCUGCAUGCCAAGCGACAGAAGCCUUUCUCCGUAUGUAUAGUGGGAGCGGGCCCCAGCGGUCUGUACUGCGCGAAGAUGCUGCUGCGCCUCGUAGAGAGCCAGAAGCAGCAGCAGCAGCAACAGCAGCAGCAGCAGCAGCAGAAGCAGCAGGAGGCCAUGCAGCUGGAAAUUGUUCUUAUUGAUGCUCUGCCCACCCCUCUAGGUUUAGUUCGUUACGGCGUAGCCGCAGACAAACCCGAAAUAAAGAUAGUGGGGAGGGAGCUGGAGGCGGGUGUUGAUGUGGGGCUGGAGGAACUCCGUUCUAUGUUCGAUGCUGUAGUCCUCGCUAUCGGGGCUGCAGAGGGCAUCGCUCUCUCUAUCCCCGGCUCUUCUCUUUCAGGUGUAUGUACAGCUCGUGAUCUGCUGCUCUGGCUCAACGGCCAUCCCCACCUGCAGGGCUUCGAGCGCCGCCUGGGGACAGACAGCAGCAGAACUGCUGUUGUUAUAGGGCUGCGCAGCAAAUGCCAAACACAGCAGCAGCAGCAGCACCAGAAGCAGCAGCAGCAGCAGCAGCAGCAGCAACAGCAGCAGAAGCAAGACCAGCAGCAGCGCCAGAAGCACCAGCAGCAGCACCGGCAGCAGCCCCAGAAUCAGCAGCAUCAGCAGCAGCAGCAGCAGCAGGAGAAGGAUACAAGGAUGAUAUAUCUUUGUCUUCAUCUCAGUCUCCUGUUCCUCUAUCUGUUACUGAUAUAG